GCCAGCGACCGACAACUCGCGCGCGCGCGCGCCCGUCGCUCCAGUGGUGCACGCGCGCGGCGCGCAGGCAGUGCGUCGCGGCACGUGCGCGGGGGUAUGGUGAUGGCCUGUGGACGGCUGCCGGGGCGAGGCGGCGGUCCGGUGCAGGUGGUACCGCCACCGACGGCGCUCCUGCUGCUGCUGCUCCUGCUGCUGGUUAGGCCAGGCGCGGGAAUUCAGUGCUACCACUGCGUCAAUCGCUCUUGCUACGACGACGUGAGCUGCAACCCCAGCGGUGUGCCCGUCUGCGACUCGGGCGGCAGCCGGGGCGAGCUGAUCGCCUGCCCGGCGGACGUCUCCACGUGCAAGGAGGACGCAUUCGAGGACGAUCAAGGUGUGUACCGCAACUGCGGCAACCAGGGCGACCAGGACCCGCGCUGCGACGACAGGUUGUCGUGCACGUGCAAGACGGACGGUUGUAACGUCGGCCUGGUGGCUGCCGGUGAGGCGCCGCCGCCGCCGGCCGCCCCAUCGCCGGUCGGCGGUACGCUCUGGUGGUGGCUGAUGGCCGUGCCGGCCACGGCCGCCGUGCUGCUGGCCGUGGCCGUGGCCGUGGGCCUGCGGCAGCGGCGCCGCGCGGCGCGCCGGGCGCUGCCGACGGGCGCCGAGCCGGAGUGGGCCGCGCCGCCGCCGAGCGCCGCGCGGCCGACCGCCACCGGGCACCACCGGCUGCUGUGAGCCGCGGCCGAUCGUUCGGACACCGGUCCCCCUCCGUCCUACCGGCUCCGGCCGGGCCGGCCAUUCCUCCACCAGUGCAUCGGUUGAGUGAGCUGCGAGCAAACUAAGGACACAAGUGCUAAACAUUGUGCAAACACUGCUGCCGUGCACAAAGCACUUUGGGCUGUAACAUUGCUGAAUGCAGUGGAUGUGUUCACUGUUCACCACGUAUGCGAUUGUGCGCACUGAAAACAAUUAUACCCGGAGCUGGCGAAUUCAGCCUUGCACUGCGGGUGGUAUAUGCGGAUUAACUCGUCAUGGUCCAGAUAGAGGGUAAGAGGGUAAGCAGACUACCCCGCGUUAUUACUAAAAAAUAUGCACCGUACAUGCAGUCCGAAGAUAAGGCAGGUAUAUACCCAGCACCGGGCAUUGUCCCCGCGGGUGUCGAGUCAUUGGCAUAGCCCUCACUGAAAGAGUUGGAACUACUCGAGAUAUCGUAUACGCGUAUCCGUGGAUGGCGAACCUUAACAUAACCUUUCCUUAAAGAGUUGGAUCUACUGGUAAAUUGUGAAGGCUCAAACACCACAACUACAGGGUGAUUUUUAUACAGGGCAAAAAAUGAAGAGCAAUGGCGGUACCAGAAAACACAUCAACUGACAGCAAAUGUAUAUCUUUGUAAUAAGCACAUUCUGACAUUUCAUUUGCACACAAAAACUUUGAGUUUGAGUUCCGUUUAGGCUUACAGAACGUGCUCGAAGUGAGCACAGUUUUAAUGCACGCAAGCCUGGAGUAAUUGGCGAUUUUGGGGAAAACAUUUUGUUGUGCGCCAUUUUCACGGAACUUCACAACAGAAUGAGUCCCAAGAAGUCUCUAAAAGUUCCUGAAAACAAAAUGGCAAACAAUUUCCUUUCACGUGGAUAUACUAUUUUCGCGUUUAUUAUAUGUUUUGGCAUCUCUAGGCUUAAAGGGACCCUCCCACCUUAACAUUAGUUUUGAGUUGAGAUAGCCAAAUUGGUGGCCAUGGCCUGCAAAUACCGGUUUGGGCACUCACAACAUCGAG